GAAAGAUAUUAUUGGUUGGUUAAGAUCGGUUCGCUCAACGAACGCUUUCAAACGGUAUAAUUUCCCGUUCCAAACAUUAAAAAAAACGAAAACAAACUCAAAUCCAGGAAAACUUUCCCUUUUUCCCAGGGUGACUGGUUGAAGAAGAAAAGUGGUAAUCGUGUGGAGUUUUCUUUAGGGGAUCCAAGCUCUGUCCUCAGGUGUUAAGAUCUGAGGCUAUUCUUUUCUUUUGAGUGAAAAAAGGGAAAGAAAAGAAAAUGAGUGCGGCAAGGUUUAUAAAGUGCGUGACUGUUGGUGAUGGUGCCGUUGGUAAAACUUGUUUGCUGAUUUCUUACACAAGCAAUACUUUUCCUACGGACUACGUGCCCACUGUUUUUGACAAUUUCAGUGCUAAUGUUGUUGUCAAUGGGAGUACUGUUAAUCUGGGGUUGUGGGAUACUGCAGGACAGGAAGAUUAUAACAGAUUAAGACCUCUGAGUUAUCGCGGAGCGGAUGUGUUCAUAUUGGCAUUUUCCCUCAUUAGCAAGGCCAGUUAUGAAAAUGUCUCCAAAAAGUGGAUUCCAGAGUUAAAACAUUAUGCCCCUGGUGUUCCAAUAAUUCUUGUUGGAACUAAGCUUGAUCUUCGGGACGAUAAGCAGUUCUUUAUCGCUCAUCCUGGAGCUGUACCCAUUUCUACGGCCCAGGGAGAGGAACUGAGGAAGCAGAUUGGUUCACCUGCUUAUAUUGAAUGCAGUUCAAAAACGCAGGAGAAUGUGAAGGCAGUUUUUGAUGCAGCCAUCAGAGUUGUUCUUCAACCACCCAAGCAGAAGAAAAAGAAGAGCAAAGCACAGAAGGCCUGCUCCAUAUUGUAACUGGAAAAAAAUGUGAAAAGAUUACUAGAAGCCC